AUGGACCACAGCGAGGGCUACGAGAAGGUCGCACGGCUGAUGAGUCGCCAUGGAGAGCUGUCGAUUGUUCGCAGCUUCCAAGAGCUCAAUUUCCAAGAUCUCCUCUAUCAACAGGCAGAGCUCACCGAGUUAGAGGAAGACUUGCUUAGGACUACAAGGCUCGAUCGCAUGUCCAGUGACCCUGUGUGUCAGCUUCGUGGGAAGCACUGGCAGCUGCUGGAGAGGGGCCAGUGUAGCGACCAUGGAGAGCCGUUGCAGAAAAUAUUGCGCGUCCGCCAGAAGCUCCUGGAGUAUAAUCAGUGUCUGCGGAACUGUCUAAUGCUGAAGCAGUCGAAACCACCAGCCAAGACGGAUCUCGCUCACUUUCGAGACUGGUUUGAGAGGAAGCGCAUGGGAGACUUUCCUAUACUGAGCAACGACAGACACUCUUGGGACAAAUCCAAAGAGUACGACCUGAUCGCCCUACAAGCUGAGACAUAUUCCGACCAUGUCAGUGACUGGCUAUCCUCGAAGCUAGUCCCUAUCUACCACAGAGUUCUCGGCCGACGCACAAAGCAGCCUAUCGAGUGGGACCCAGAAUCCGGCAUAAUUUCAUACGAAGCUGACAGGUUGUAUCGGAACGUCGAGAUCGUAUCGACAUUGACCUCUUCCCUUCUCCCCAUCAUUGCCAUAGUCACACUCUACGCGGUGGGCACGGUGGCGUUAAGGCUUGCACUGACGGCUGUUUACACGAGUCUGUUCUCGCUGUGCCUAGCGAUCUUAACCAACGGUCGUCGCGUAGAAGUGUUUGCGGCGACAACAGCGUGA